AAAUAAAAAAUAAAUGUAGUUAGAUUUAUACCUUUUUCUUUUACCACUACAUCGUUUAGGACUACAGAAGAUGUCGCGUCGAUUUGGUUUAGCCUUGGUGUUUCUUCUUGCCACCACCAGAGUGCUGGCACGAGUUGCAGAGGAGCUUGACUGUAGCAAGUACGUAUUUGCGCCCAUAUGCCGUGGAGUUAGUGCUAAAAGAUCUGGAUCCCACAUAUCCAAGCACCUUUCAAGAAAGGAUUUCGAAAAUUUGGACCUUGAUGACUCCCGAAGGGCAAUAGGUUCCAUACUAAACUGGGCGGAUUCUUAUGACGACAUCUCUGACAUCAACAACUUAAUGGGAAACCUUCUGAACAAACUCAAGAAAUAUAUCCAAUCCAGACACGUUGGCAACGGUCAAAGAAGUCCUACAGCCAAUGAGAGACCCUUUCCAGUAGUAGAAAAAGACAACGUUGAUUGGCUUGUGAAGUUUCCAUAAUGUAUGCCAGACGGUGUCAUAAGAAUUUCAAAAAUGUUCAUGUUGUGUUGAGCUAGAUCUUUAUAACACCCAAAAAUCAAGAUAAAUAAUAGUGUUUAUUCAAGAAGUUAAGACUAUCUAAGUUAAUAUAGUUUUCAAGUUACGUACAGUAAGUAGAAACCAAAUUACAAUUUGUUUGGAUCAUUAAUAUGUAUGUCUUUUGUUAGCCAUAAAACUUCACCUGCUUUGUAACGACUAAUAGUUGAAGAGAGAAUAAACGUUUAUCUUGUACGAUAUA